CCCUCCUGCACACUAAUGGUUCGUUCCGCGUGGACUCCACAGAGAUCCUGUAGCUUCUCUGGGUUUAACCGUGACGCUCGGCUCCGUUUAUUGCUGGGGAGCCCACAGUGGGCAAGUAAAACCGAAGUGUCAACGCAGAACAAACGGAACGGUAGCCUGUCAGGACAGAGGACAAACAUGGAUGAAGAGGAGACAUUUGUCAGUAUUGAUCUGAAUGAUGACAACAUCUGCAGUGUCUGCAAAGAGGAAACAGAAACUGGGACUCUGUCCUUCUGCCACAUCUGCUUUGAACUCAGCAUUGAAGGUGUCUCCACCACUGUACUGUUGCACUCCAAGUCCCUCCGAGGCCACAGAGACUGCUUUGAGAAAUGCCAUCUCAUCGCCAACCAGAAGCUGUCCCAUUCCAAGGUCUCCCAAAGUGCCUAUGAAGGUCUGAAGCUCGCCUUGAGCCAGAAACUCAACCGCAUCAUCCGCUUUGCCCAGAACAAAGACGCCGUUUCCUCCAGCGGCUGCACCAAGCGCGGAGCCAGGUUUCUCUGUUACAGCCCGCACGGCGACUGCAAGCUGCUGCCGCAGUCUGAGGCUCAGGUCCCGCGCUACACGCCCCGCUGGGACUGGGCCAAGGCCACAGGCCUGCCCGAAUGCACAGAGGGGAUGCUGGGAGAGCAGCCUGCAGAGGAGCUGGAGCUCCUGCAGGAGUCCCAGCCUGAUGCUUGGAGCAGCGCUGGCAGGACAGAUCUGCGCCGUCAGAUCCAGUCUUCAGGAGGACAGCUGCAGCAUCGGCAGCAACACCACAGCAGAGAGAAAUUGAUCCAGAUGAGCACGGAUGAGCUCCAUCUUCUGAGCAGCCAGCUGCUGAAGCAGAUUCAAAAUGUUUUCGAGCAGCUGACGGCGGCGGUGCAGGAGAAGGACGCCUUGGCAUCGGAGCUGCGUGUGCGUCACAUCGCCAUUGAGCAGCUGUUCAAGAACUGUGCCAAAGUGCCCUGGCUGCAGAUAAGCAGAGCGGGCUUUAAGGCUGGCGGCAGCAGCAGCAGCAGCAGCAGCAGCAGCAGCUGUCCUGUGGAGUGACGGCAGAGGAAACUCACUGCUGGAACCUAAGGGUGCAGAUCAGUCAGGAGACUUUUGCCGCUCUGUGAUGGACCGCAUGGGCUUCACACACAGUCUGUGUUUCUAGCUGCAGUGGUGACACAAGGAUUUCUGGGGGUUUGCUCAGGCCUGAUCCCCAUACAUCCCAUAAUCAUGUAGAGGGUGUGAACAUCCACUUAAUGGACAUUUUUCUUUCAGAAGACUUUUCAGUCUUUUUCUCCUACCACCCUCAGAGCACAACAGAAGGCGGAUUAUAUAGGCGUCUCUUAUAGCUGUAAGUUUGGACUUUGUAUCCAUUUCAUUGAACUUGAGGUGUGAUUUUACCCAUCAUCCCACCAUCAAUCUUGAGCUGUCCUUCACAUUUUCAGACAGGACUUUUGCAGAUGAUGGUUCGCUGUUUUACUUUUAAAGACAAAGUUUCAUUUUAAACUAUACACUAGCAUGCCGCCUUCAUGCUGCUCUGAUUGGACUUGGUUAACGAAUGAAACGUCUUCGUCUCUGGCUCUGUUGUGUUUUAGCAGGAGAAUAUUUGAAACCAAAAUAUGAAUGAAAUGUAGAAAGUGUGCGUUGAAAGAAAGGAGCAGAUCGGACUUUGAAGCAAUAGUGGAGCCAUCGUCUACGGCUUCACGCUCCCCUUUUAUGGUAAAAAUGAGGAAGAGGAGAACCUUUCUGUCAAACCAAAGUGUGUAUUUAUUGUGUCUUCUCCCCUCAUCACAGUCAGGCAUGAACCGGUGCGUUGUGUGUUUGCUGAAAUGCUUUGUUGGAUGAAGCUGUAGUCUGUCCUCCUUCUCCUCCUCUUCCUCGUCUUUCAUGGUCCUGGUUUGCAGCUGCCCGCUCUCCCGUUUCCAUGUGGGAGUGUGGGCCUGAUGUCAAAGCAAUACAGGAAGACGGUCUGCCACUGUGCCUAUGGGAGGAAGAUGUUAGAAUCCUAUGCAAGAUCUAAAUCCGCCUUAAUGAAGAGUUGCUGGGACUGAGGUGUUAGAAGUUGCGUAAGCAGGGACAUGUUGAAGUGGUGUCGUGUUUAGAAAUGCUUGGCAUUGUUUGGAUAACUAGUUCUCUUUGUAAGAGAGUAGAUGCAUUUAGCCCAUUUUAGGGGUUUCAGAGAGGUUUGACUCCAUUCCAACUUUUCAUUAUUCUAUUUAUAUGUUUUCAGUGAGUUUGAGGGUUUCCAAAAACUGACUUUGUGGGUUCCGGAGAACCUUUGUUCAUGUCUGGGAUGUCUGCUUUGGCUUUUUUUUUUGUGUGAGCUUUAACUGAAGAUGCAAGCAUCAAUGUUACAUUUGACCCUUCAGUGCUUUGUUUAGGUUGUUUUGCUGUUUCUGUAUUGAUUUUACUGACUGUGAACUCUGUGAGAAUGUCACAUUUUCUCAUUUCUUAAUAAAAAAAUGAUCAUUUUUACAA